GGGAUCUAGGGUUUCCUACUAUCAAGUCGGCCUUGUUCUUCCUUGCUGGGCCGAGGCGAGCGCGUGAUCCACCAGCCGCGCAACGAUCCGUGGUGUGACUCAACGAUCCGUGUGAGAGCAUGGGUAAUCCAAACAGCAAUGACUCUUCGAUGGUGCAUGACAACCACAUGAUUCAUGGCACUGAUACGAUGUUCGAAGAUUGCGAGAUGAUGCUUGGUAGCAAUGACAUGGUGGACGGCUGUCAGAUGAUUAUCGGUGACAAGAUGGAUCAUGGUGGCCAAAUGAUCCUGGAUUACAAGGUUGUCGACAUCCAUGAUAACAAGAUGGCUCCUGACAGUGAAGUGUUCCCUGGUAGCAAGAUGGAUUGUGGUUAUGAGAUAAUCCACUAUGACCAAACGGUCUUCCAUUGUAGUGAGAUGGCUCAAGAUAGUGAGAUGGCUAAUGGUAAUGAGACUGUUGAGGUGACACCACAAACCUCCUCAAGGCGCCGAAGAAAGAAGUCCAUGGUCUGGGAGCAUUUCACUACUGAAGAGUCUGAGGGAUGCACAAAAGCAUGCUGCAAUCACUGUAAAGGAUUCUUUGCAUACAGUUCUGGCUCAAAAAUGGCUGGCACUAGCCAUCUGAAGAGGCAUAUUACCAUGGGUCAUUGUCCUGUGAUCAAAGGUCAUGAACCUUCAGCAGGAGGUAGAGACAAUGGUGGUCAGGGUACCCUAGAGAAACCUUCUAAGAGGCGCCGCACAUGUGCUGGCUAUGCAAAUGCUCCGUUCAAUCCAGACCUUAGUUCAUCGUAUCUGGCGAAGAUGAUCAUUCUGCAUGACUAUCCUCUCCAUAUUGUUCAACAGCCAACCUUCAUAUCCUUUAUUGAGGGUCUGCAGCCACGUUUCAAGGUGGUUAAUACAGAUGUGAUGGAGGCAGAGGUUUAUGCAAUUUAUCUUAAGGAAAGGGAUAACCUGCUCAAGGAAGUGGGGAAUAUUCCUGGAAGGAUAAAUCUCACAAUAGGAUGGUGGACCACUAGCCAAACUCUUGGAUAUGUUUCAAUUGCAGGACAAUACAUUGAUUCUGACUGGAAGCUGCACCGAAGAAUGCUCAACUUCGUGAUGGCCCCUUGGUCUUGUUCAGGGAAUGCAGUUAGUGAAGCUAUCAGCAGAAGCCUUUCUCAGUGGAACAUGACAGACAAACUAUUCACCAUUACUGGGGAUUAUGAGUCCUCACAUGACAUCUACAGUGUGAAUCUGAGAGAUGACCUCUCAAAAAAGAGCAUUCCAAUGCUUAGGGGGCAGUUUUUGGUUGUGAGGUGCUAUGCCCAUAUACUGAAUGCAGCUGCAAGUGAUGUCACUGCUUCAGUACAAAGUGUCAUUUACAAAAUCCGUGAAAGUAUAAAGUUCAUAAAAUCUUGUACUAGCCAUGAGCAGCAGUUUACUGACAUCAUUCAGCAACUGCAAAUUCCAAGUAACAAGACCCUAUGUCUCGAUAUUAAAGCCCAGUGGAAUACCACCUAUCUCAUGCUGCUGGCAGCUCUGGAUUAUAAGCAGGCAUUCACCAUGCUGGAGAAAUUUAAUGAUAACUACAAUCAAGCACCUUCUGCAGUGGACUGGGAGGAAGUCGAGGUUGCUUGCAGUUAUCUUAAGCUGUUGUAUGACUCUGCACAUAGCAUUAUGGCGACAGAAGAUCCAACUGCAAACAUCUUUUUCCAUGAGGCUUGGACGAUUCAGAGAGAGAUUUCAAGUGGCACAGAUCUUCAAGAUCCAAUUUCGAGUAGAAUUGCAAAAGAUGUGCAUGAGAGGUUUGACAAGUACUGGAAAGAUUGCAAUGUCAUGCUGGCCAUUGCUGUUGUGAUGGAUCCCCGUUUCAAGAUGAAGAUUGUCGAGUUUAGUUACUCCAAAAUUUAUGGCCCGAAGGGUGUAAAGUAUGUCAAGGUAGUCGAUGAUGCUGUUCAUGAGCUUUACAAAGAAUAUGUUAGACAGCCACUUCCGUUGGUAGCUGCCCAUGUUGAGCAUGGGGCCAAUGGCACUCUGCCUACUGAUGAGAAGAAAAUCCUAACAAUUCCACCUUCCACUGGCGAUGCACUUUCAGACUUUGACAUCUACCUCUCAGAGGCCGCACUGAGCAAGAUCCCAAAGUCAGAGCUAGAUCAGUACUUGGAAGAAGCCCCGCUCCCACGCAUCCCAGAGUUUGACAUUCUGAAGUGGUGGAAGCUUAAUGCCCUCAAGUACCCAACUCUCUCAAGGAUGGCCCGAGAUGUCCUUGCCAUCCCAGUCUCCACAGUAGGUCGCGGCUCUGUAUUCUCAUCAGCUCGAAGUGAAGCCAGGAUGCUUGAUGACUACCUGAGUUCAUUGCACCCUGAAACCUUGGAGGCACUGUUCUGCGCAAAAGACUGGCUACAGAAUUCCCCUCCUGCUCCAAAACCACCCAGUUCCACAUCGGCGAAAAAGUAAAGACGAAGAGGGCUUCGAAGUAGCUGAUCGUUGCAUGUCCAAGUAGCAGGGAUCUCUAUAAGGUGGUGGUUAUUUAGGAAUGUUUUGUGGGUGCUUAUAUUGUAGGUUGUAACUCGGUUAUGCUUAACAAGUUGUUAAGCUGCAUGCAUGAUCUGUCUCAGCUUGACGGUGAUUAAAUGCCCUUACAGCUUUCUGUGUUCA